ACGAUACCACAGUAAAAUUUCCAAACAGCGGCGGAUCGACGGAGUAGGUACAUCAGUUCAAAGUUGUCGCCAUGACGGGCCACAACAGAAUACGUAUACUGAUAUUGUUUUUAACUGUCGCCUUUAUUUCUGGAAAUUCUAUUCCAUGCAACAAAGGAGGGUCAAGAAAAUCGGGUGGGCAAACUAAGAGUACCGAAAACAGCAAGGGAACACCGGGCGGUGUUAAUGUAGAAAUAAACAAUGUCAAUCAAAUAGGUAAUGGUUCCGGCGGAUAUGGAUAUAGUCCAUAUGGAUAUGACUACGACUAUGAUUAUUCCUACGUUCCAGUGGAAAGGGUUCCUGCACAGCCAAAAUCGUACUGCGGACCCAACACAGUUUAUUCACUCUUCAGUUUCAUUUAUUGCGCACUGGACUCCGUUAAACGGAUCUUGGGAGGCGGACUGUAAAUCAAACUGAAGAUGGCGACGACAAAUCCCCCAUUCAACAUUGCCAUUAGAUUUAAAGAAACAAUAAGUCCUAUCAAAAUAUAAUCCCUAAAUCCCGUCUUCUGCUCGAUAAAUCGCAUUUAUAAUUGGUAAAAAUUAAAAAUUUUCGCAACUCAAAACAUUUCAGAAUACAGUAAUUAAAAUCUUAUACAAAAACCACCACCCAAAUAAAAAAUAAAAAAACUUUUACUUGUUUUACCUUCACUAACACAUUUUUUCAGCGGCAAAGCCAUCUAAUGCCACCGAAUGCAUAUUCGCUCCAUGAUUUGAAUAUCAAAAGAAUUUCGUCAGCAAAAUACAUUGUGAAUUUUGCGUAUCUCUUUGAAGGUAGUGGAUGUUCAAUCCACGUGACAGAUUCGCUCAUAAUGGCAACGUAUCGAAUACAAAGCAGAUGGGAAAGGCAAGAGAAAAGGAGCAUCCGAUACCAAAUCUAAUUUAAAGAUAAAUAGCCUUGCGGUAGCCUUUGGUUACAUUUCGUUUACUUACCAUCUUAAAAAGGUUGUGAGCGUGUGACAAUUGUGUUCUGUUUUAGCUUGUUGAGUGAUUUUUGGCUGACACACUAUUACAAGGUUCCAUGUUCUAUUUCUGCAUAUUGAAUUAUAUAUCUCACAUAAUUCUGUUUUUAUUUCAGUAAAAAUUCCAAAUAAUCUCGAAAGAUACAUAACGGAGAUACCAACCAAGGCUUAUAGUUUUUUCUAUUUUUUACUCACAUAUUUUUUUUUAAAUCUCAUUUCUUUGAUAUAAAUAAAAAUUAACAUAGGACUUUGUAAUAGUGAGCAAACGAUUUAUAAAAAGUAAGAUAAAGCAGUGUUUAGCUAUGGCAGUUUAUAAUAUUACUAUUAUAUUAUAUUUCUAAAUUAAUUUCGAAACAUCAUUGGCUAAUGCAAAUUAAACCUAUUUUAAAUAAAGUAUUCCAAUUGCA